GGCCUUCACCAGCACUGCUAAUGAACAUUCAAUUGUGUCCUUCAAAGCUGAUUUUGUCUGUGUGAUCAACAGGCAGGAAAACGGACACAGCUGCUGGGGACAGCUCCAAAGGGAGGAAUUUUACAGCAACACCACAGGACAGUGAGAGAAUUCCAUGAGUCCUGAUGCAGCACCCAGCUCUUCCAGAGGCUCUCCUUUGGUGAGGUCUCCUCCUUCCCCGAAGGUGUCCCCUGGUCCAGCUGGCACGUUUAGAGCCACUCCUCCUCCUCCUCCUCGUCCUCCUCCUCCUCCUCCUCUCCCGGGUAUUUAACCCAGCACGGGAUGCCCAAACCUGCGGGAUCCUCCCUCCUGUGCCGGGCAUCCCGAGCAGCUCCCGCACGGACGGACGGACAGACAGACAGACGGCCCAAGGGAGUCGCUCAGGAAGGUUCCUGUAGAGCAGCAGGAAUUUCUGCUCCCAUGGAUAAAUCCCUUCACUUCACAGUCUGUGUGCUCACAGCCCUGCUGCUCCUGAGGGAAUCAAGCCAGGCAGGAGCUGGGAGGAAUGAUGAUGCUGUGAGUAAGGGCACAGACCCACGGGGAGCAGGAGAGGGACUCCCAACCCUGACUGUCACAACCAUCCUGGAGGAUCCCUACGUGAUGGUGAGGGGAGCAGAGCUGGAGGGAUACUGCAUGGAGCUGCUGGCUGCCCUGGCCGGGAUGCUGCGCUUCCAGUACCGCGUGCGGGUGGUGGCAGACGGCCAGUACGGGGCUGUGGCUGCCGGGGGCAACUGGAGCGGCAUGAUCGGGGAGAUCCUCCGCAGGGAAGCUGACAUGGCAGUGGCUCCACUGACUGUCACCUCAGCCAGGGAGGAGGUGGUGUCCUUCACCACACCCUUCCUGCAGACCGGGAUUGGGAUCCUGCUCCGCAAGGACACGGCCUCCCAGGACAUGUCCUUCUUCCACUUCCUGUCCCCUUUCAGCAAGGAGACCUGGACAGCUCUUUUAUUUGCUUACCUGCUCACCUGCUUCUGCCUCUUCCUUGUGGCCAGACUGAGCCCCUGUGAAUGGAACGAGCCAAAGAAUGAGGAGAACCACUUCACCUUCCUGAACAGCCUCUGGUUUGGAGCAGGAGCAUUGGCCCUGCAAGGUGCCACCCCCAGGCCCCAGGCAUUCUCGGUGAGGGUCAUUGCUGUGGUCUGGUGGCUCUUCACCCUGGCCCUGCUGGCCGCCUACAUCGCCAACUUCACGGCCCUGCUGAGCUCGGGCAGCGAGCAGCUCCCCAUCCAGACCUUCGAGGACCUGGUCAAGCAGAGGAACCUGGAGUUUGGGACACUGGAGGGCUCCUCGACCUUCUACUACUUCAAGAACUCCAAGAACCCCAUCCACCAGAUGAUCUACGAGUACAUGGAAAAGAGGAGGGAGCACGUGCUGGUCAAGACCUACCAGGAGGCCGUGCAGCGCGUGAUGGACUCCAACUACGCCUUCAUCGGCGAGUCCAUCUCGCAGGACCUGGCGGCCGCCCGCCACUGCAACCUCAUCAGGGCCCCCGAGGUCAUUGGGGCCCGUGGCUUCGGCAUUGCCACCAGCCAGGCCUCCCCCUGGACCAAGCCCCUGUCCAUCGCCGUGCUCAAGCUGCGCGAGUCGGGCGACCUGGACUACCUGAGGAACAAAUGGUGGGAGAGCAGCUGCCUGCGCCAGAGCCAGGAGCGCUGGGGGCCCCUGGAGCCCCCGGCCCUGGGGGGGCUCUUCCUCACCCUGGGCAUCGGCCUCGCCCUCGGCAUCCUCGCUGCCCUGGCCGAGCUCUCCAGCAGCAGCCGCCGCGCGGCCGCGCACGCCAAGAAAUCUUGCUGCUCUGUUUUCACAGAAGAAAUCUGCACUCGUCUACGCAUAAAAGGAGCUGCCAGGCAAAGCCAGGAGACGUCAGGGAAGGCAAAUGCUUGAGGAGUUUUUGCUGUGUUAGGGUUGUGCCACGUCCUAGGAGCUGUAUCAGUGUAGGAAGAUGUUUUUCUGCUAGCCUAGAGUGUUAGUUUGCUAAUUACACACACACACACAGCACUUCUGGAGUGGUGGUGGAGCUGCAGACACAGGGAAAUGAAGUGGCUUGGAAGAAUUUAAAUUGCUAAGGGCUUGAGUGGAACGGUGACAAAUGGAUAAAGUGGAGCAGAGCUGGCCAGGAUGGUGGAUCCCUGGUUAGGUUUGAAGUUCACCCUGUAAGUCCAUGAAGGCCUGGAGGAGGAAGUGACUGGGGACAGGUUAAUGUGAAGCCUCUGCUACUAAUUGCUGUGUGAGGAACAGUCCUGGAACAUUAAAGCUCUUGUCUGUCUCAUCAUCAGGAGCAGCAGCUUAAGCAUUGCAGCUCUAAACAGCCUCACCCUGCCCUGCCUGAGCAGGAGGGGCUGCUCCCUGGGAAGGCAAUUCCUGGAUCAGAGCUGACAGUGCUGCUGUGUAACCCCAGACAGGCCUUCCCUGCACCCCACACCCCAAAAAGGGAGCCCCUGCCACCACGGUGAGCUAAGAAAUGCCAGGCAGGGCUUGUCCUUUGUCCCUUCCCAGCACAGGAUAAGGGCCACUGUGGGGGGACAGAGAAUGUUUUGUUCUUGUUGCCCAAGAAUUGAAGAUUGACAGUGGAAAUCCAUCAGUGCCAGAGCAGGGAAGGGGUGUGAGGAUGAGUCAAUCACAGCAGAGCCCCAGCUCCCCUGCAAGGGGAGAUGUGAGGGUGUUUUGCAUCACGCUCCUGCUCCCAAAUAAUGCUGAAGUUCAGGGGAACAGUUUUCUCAGCUGCAUGUUAAACACCUUCCUCAUUAAGCUGUUUCCCUUUCAGAGCUCGGAUGACUGAGGCAUUUAAGUGUUAGGGCAAAUUGGUGGUGAAAUCACUCCAUUUAUGAACUGCACAGCUGAAGGAGGGAAAAAACAAAUUGGGUUCCUUGGGAAUGGCUGUAAUUGCCCUGCAGGAACAAAGCCACCAAUCCUUGUCAGUCCCAGCAGGGAGAACUGAAGGCAACACAAACCAAGGGGGCUCAGGCUGGGAACUUCUGGGUGAUCCUGAAUCCAGCACUGCACAUUCCCUGGGAGGGGAACUUAGGGAGACCCAGCUUCCAGCUGCUGUGAAGGAAUUCAGUGCAGCUGCAGGACUCCCUCCCUUGUCCCUCCUGCUAAUGGGAAUAAACAAGGGGUUAGGAAUUCCAGGUGUUGGGAAACCAGGGCUGGUCCUUAACUCAGACUGCAACAACCCUGGCUCAGUCACAGCCUGAGCAACGUUUGUGGGGUGAGAAGGUGGAUCAGCCCUUCCAUCAGCUGAGCUGCACAGAGCAGGAGAGAUUUAGGUAAGUCUAAAAGCUGAAAAUGCAACAUCAGAAAAUGCAACAACAGGUUCACUUAGCACUUAAAAACUGUUUGGUAGGUGCUGUGUCACUGCUGGCAGAGUAGGCAGAGAUGUAUAAAAAAGGUUUCAUUGACAUUUAAAUAUAUUUCUAUAUGAAUGUCUCACAGAACAAAAAAAUAAAGUCUUUUCAUCACAAAUACUGCAGCAUUAAAAUAAACACUUACCAAAAUAAACAAUGAGUGAUAUACAUAUA